CCGCGUACGGUAGAGCAGUUCCAGGGGAAGCAGGGAUCUUUGUCCCCUUAAAUCCAGACCGCAGCAUUGUCCAGUAUGGAGCUUUUUGAGACCAACCCUUAUUUCUUCCCUGACCAGCGCUUCUAUGAUGGAGGGGACAGCUAUUUCCCCUCUCGCCUGCCUGGGGGGUACGACCAAGCCGGGUACCAGGACAGGAACUCCAUGAUGGGCUUGUGCGGGAGUCUGUCUGGGGGUGUUGGAGUUGGGGUCACAGGAACAGAGGACAAAGCCUCUCCAUCCAGCCUGUCACCUCACUCUGAGCCCCAUUGCCCGGGCCAGUGCCUGCCCUGGGCCUGUAAGCUAUGCAAAAGGAAGACAGUGACCAUGGACCGUCGGAGAGCGGCCACACUGAGGGAGAAGAGGCGUCUGAAGAAGGUGAAUGAGGCCUUUGAUGCCCUGAAGAGGAGCACCCUGAUGAACCCCAACCAGAGGCUGCCCAAGGUGGAGAUCCUGCGGAGCGCCAUCCAGUAUAUUGAAAGGCUCCAGGCCCUGGUGUCCUCCCUCAACCAGCAGGACACUGAGACGGGACAGCAGGGACUGCACUACCGACCUAGCCCAGCCCAGCCCAGAGUGUCGUCGUCAAGCGAGCCCAGUUCAGGCAGCACCUGCUGCAGUAGCCCAGAGUGGAGCAGCACCCCGGAGCAAUGCACGCAGAGCUACAGCAGCGAGGAUCUCCUGAGUGCUGCCGAGUCUCCAGACCAGGGGAACAUGCGUGCGCUGACCUCCAUCGUGGACGGCAUCUCUGCAGCAGACGGAGCUGUGGCCUUUCCUGUGGACAUUCCCAAAUAG